UUUGCUUCUAUUCAGGGUCAUACUUGCUAGCCGACGAUAUGCAGUUCCUCCUACCUGGUAUCACCGCCCUCCUGCUCGCCCUCCUUCCUCUCUCGAGCGCCGCACCGGCCGCAUCUCCCCAACUGCUCCCUCUACAAGACCUCCCAAGCUCCUACAUUCUCCAGGUCGCCCAACACCCCUGGCAAGGACGGCCCCUUCUCCAACUCCCAACCACCCACCUCAUCGGUCUCGAAAACUUCACCAUCCAUCCCCCAUCUGCCGGCCUCACGGUCCUCCCUAUCCGGAUCCCGAAACAAGAGCCUCCUCUCUAUGCUCUACGCAUCCCCUCCCCAAGUGACGACCUCACAAAUACGCCGUAUCUUGCGGCCCUGCUUCCCGCGUCGAAUGGGAAACCGAAAUGGGCGUCGGCAGCACCAAUAUUUGUGCCUGAUCCCACGGGCGAGACGGUGCGGAAGUGGCGGGAUCGAUGCCCGCGAGGAUGGGAAUGCGGGGCCGAUGCUUGGGUCAUCUAUUCGGGGACGGACGCUGGCGACGAGUCCCAGUCGGCAGGGUCGGUGUGUGUGGCCGGAGAACGGCAGCCUUUGGGGAAAUUGGCGUAUGGGGGGUUCAAUGGGCACUGGGAGGCGGUCAAGGACGCGCCGAAUAGUGAGGGAUGGCAUGUGUAUUGGAUAGCGGAGGAUGCGGGGAAGGAACCGGGAGUACCGGUCGGGACGAGGGUUGAGAUUGAGAUUGUGCCGACGAAGGAUGGGAGGGGAUGGGGUGGGAGUGUGUGAGUUGUUUCUCUGAGAAUACGCAAGAAGGGAUACUGAACGAGGGAGGCGGGAGAGGGCUCUCAGAGGAAUGAUAUGACCCUCUUCCUUGAAUGCUUUUGUGCAAGAUGGAGUAUGCAUAUCCCAUGGACUCAUAUACUAAAGCCAGGUGCACCUACCUGUCGACCGGCAAAUUUACUCUCGGUUUGGA